CCUCUCAGCAACAGCGUGUAGAGGUGCAGCUCCACCCCCAAGGCAGAGCCAGCCCUCCCAAUAAGUUUGUGUUUUGUAAGUGUGGUAGUGUUUGCCUUAAAAAGACCUGCGUUUCCUGAGAAGGUGCGUUUGGGUCUGAGCCUUUUCAUUAUGACAAAGGGUUUAACACGCUUGUCUGUGCGCCAGAACGACGGACGCUAAAGAGACGUCGACGAUGGAGAGCCAGGUGCUGAACCUCCAGCGGGUCCAGGCGCUGGAAACAUGGCUGGAAGCCACCAAAACUAAAUUGACACAAGUGAAUGGCCAGAGGAAAUAUGGAGGCCCACCAGAGGACUGGCACGGGCCCACCCCGGGGGAGGGCUGUGAGAUCUAUAUCAGCCAGAUCCCACGGGACACCUACGAGGACCUGCUCAUCCCCCUCUGCAGCUCCGUGGGCCCGCUCUGGGAGUUCCGUCUCAUGAUGAAUUUCAGUGGACAGAACCGGGGCUUUGCCUAUGCGAAAUACAGCUCACCGGCUGUAGCCAGCGAUGCAGUUCACCAGCUGCACAACCACAUGCUGGAGCCCGGCGUCUGCCUCAAUGUCCGGCGCAGUACAGAGAAGAGACAGCUUGUCAUUGGAGAGCUGCCGGCCACCACCAGGCAGGAGGACCUGUUGAAGGUGCUGCAGGGGCUUGCAGAGGGUGUGAAGUGGUUGUCGCUGAAGAUCGAGCCGGGCCUGAAGGGGGUGUCCGCUAUAGUGGCCUUCUCUGCUCAUCACACUGCUUCAAUGGCCAAGAAGAGGCUGGUGGAAGUAUUCAAGAAGCAGUUUAAUCUCACCAUCACCGUCAAGUGGCACUCAUCCCUGGUGAUGAGCCCAAAGGAGCCAUGGGAGCCACAGAAGCCCUCCCGCUGCCUCUCGCUUCCUGUGAAGCCUCCGCGCCACAGCCCAAAAUGCCUCCCUCCCUCACCUCUUCCGGACCCCCCAACACCCAUUCUCCAAGGAUUCUGUCGAGCAGUGACAAGACCCACUGCCAAGCAGCAGCCUCUCUGCUCCCUGGCCGCCUCAUCCCACGGUGAUGUCCUGUCAACCACAUCCUCCGUGACUGUAUUGGGUGAGCUAUGCAAAGCUGCUGGGGUUGGGAAGCCACUCUAUGAGCUGUACUUCAGCCACACUGGCCAAGACAGAAUCAUGUAUUUCUACUACAGAGUGACUAUUCCUGGGACAGCUGCUCCUUACAAAGGCCUUGUCCCAGCCUUGCUGGGUCCCAGACCCAGCACGGUGCUGGAGCAGGCUCGAGAGGCUGCAGCCCAGCAGGUGUUGAAGAGGGUUUACAAACAGCAGCUUGACCAGUGACCUGUUGAGAUGAAAGUGGGUCUCAUGCUGUUGCAGUGUUCUAAUUUUUGUUCAUCUGUGCUGUAUUGGGGAAAAAAAGAAAAGGGGAAAAAGUUGGAUCUUACAGUUUGUUAGCUUGUGCAUGUUCUUUGUUGUUGUGCAUGUUUUGUUUUCUGCAUGCAUUUUAUUGUGUUUGAAAUUUUAAUAAAUAAGAUUUGAAAAGAGAA